AUGGAUGUCCACGAGCAUGAGGCGGCGACGGGUUGCCGCUUCUCAUGGAACGUGUGGCCAGCGACGCGAGCGGAGGCGCAAAAGAUUGAGCUUCCUCUGGGGUGUAUGUUCACUCCGUUGCGGGAGUGCACCAGUCUUCAACUUGUCGAGUAUGAGCCCAUAAGGUGCCGUGUGAGUGGAUGCAUUCUUAACCCGUUCUGCGCGAUUGAUUUCCGGAGCAAACAAUGGACUUGCCCCUUCUCUCUUCAACGCAACGCCUUCCCCAACCACUACGCCAUGCACAUUUCGGAGCAGAACUUGCCUGCGGAACUGCUGUACCCGACGAUCGAGUACAUUCUGCCACAGCCGAUGCCUGCUGCGAACGGGGCGCCUGGCGGUGCUCCUGCGGGAGGGGAGCUACCGCCUCCUCUGUUUUUCCUGGUCGUGGACACGUGCAUCAUCGAAGAAGAACUGGAGCAGCUUCGCGACUCUCUGAUGCAGGCUCUCGCGCUCAUGCCCUCGGACGCGAUGGUGGGCAUCAUCACGUACGGCGCCAUGGCAAUGCUGCACGAACUGGGAGGCGGCAGCGAGACCGUGGACGUGAUGAAGGCGCACGUGUUUCGAGGAAACAAAGAGCUGACUCCGAUGCAGAUUCAGCAGCAGCUUGGCUUGAUAGGAGGAGGAAACAACGCCUACGUUCCCCCACGCGGAGGCCAGGGCGCUGCAGGAUCUCCCCUUCUCCGUCCCGCCGCCGCACGCUUCAUCCAACCUAUCGGCGAAUGCGAGUAUAAACUGACGUGUAUUCUCGAGGAGUUGAGGCGCGACUCCUGGCCUGUACCGUCCGACUCCCGGCCUAUGCGUUGCACAGGCCUUGCCCUGUCGGUGGCUCUGUCUGUUCUGGAAGCGGCGUGGUACCAACUGCCGGCGCGAAUUUUGCUGUUUGUUGGCGGCGCAUGCACAUCAGGACCCGGCCAGGUGGUAGAUCUGUCUCUCUGCGAGUCCAUCAGACACCACUUGGAUCUCCAGAAAGACAACAAAAACGCGCGUUUCGUCAAGAAGGCUCUCAAAUACUACACUCAGCUCGCGAACCAGGCGGUGAAGGCAGGACACGCCGUCGACAUCUUUGCAUGCUCCCUCGACCAGGUCGGCCUCUAUGAGAUGAAAGUUAUGACGGAGAAGACCGGCGGAUGCGUCGUUAUGGGCGACAGUUUUUCCAUCAACGUUUUCAAGGACAGUCUCAAAAAAUUUUUCGAAACCGACUCAACAGGUUUCCUUAAGAUGGGCUUCAAUGCGAAAAUCGAGGUCCUUUGCAGCAAGGAGUUCAAAGUUUGUGGCGCAAUAGGGCCGUGCACAGGCACGGGCAAGAAGGGGUGCCAGGUGUCCGACACCGUGGUAGGCGAGGGCAUGACGAGCGAGUGGCAGGCUGCGGCUCUCGAUAAGGAGACGUCGAUCGCGUUCUACUUCGAAGUGACGAAUCAACAAGCGCAAAACCUUCCGCCAGGCAAACAAUCCUUCCUCCAGUUUCAGACGUUGUAUCUCCACCCGAGUGGUCGGCGCCGUCUCCGCGUGACAACCCUCUCUUACCGUUUUGCGGAGCCAAACACGAUCGACGUCGCUCCAGGUUUCGAUCAGGAAGCUGCCGCCGUCCUGAUGACGCGUCUCGCAGUGUUCAAGACGGAGUCCGAAGAAUCUCUGGACGUCCUCCGGUGGCUCGACAGGAAACUGAUUCGCCUCGUGGCUCGUUUUGCCGAUUAUCAGAAAGACGACCCGAGCUCGUUCCAUCUGUCAACGGAGUUCAGCAUCUACCCGCAGUUUAUGUAUCACCUGCGGCGGAGUCACUUCCUUCAGACGUUCAACGCGUCUCCCGACGAAACGGCGUACUACCGGUCUGUGCUCCUCCGAGCGAGCGUGAUGAACGCACUGGUGAUGAUUCAGCCUGCGUUGUUGGAGUAUUCCUUCGAGCAACAAGGCCCGCCCCAGCCUGUGCUGCUGGAUGCCCAGGCUCUCAAGCCAAACGUGAUCUUGUUGCUCGACUCGUUCUUCCACGUCGUCGUCUGGCAUGGCGAGCUCAUCCACCAGUGGCGCGAACAAGGCUUCCAUAAUAUGCCAGAGUAUGAAAACUUGCGGCAACUGCUUCAGGCCCCUCUCGAGGACGCAAAAGUUAUUCUCGACGAGCGUUUCCCCGUCCCCAAGUAUGUUCAGUGCAACAGCGGAGGAAGCCAGGCGCGCUUUCUGCUGGCGAAAGUUAACCCCUCGACGAACUACGCGCAGAGUGCCUCAGGGGGGACGCCUGGCAUGGGCGGCCUGAUGGGCGACUCUGCUGGCGGCGGCGAGAGUUUCAUCAAUACCGACGACGUCAGCCUCAAAGUCUUCAUGGACCAUCUCAUCAAACUGGCGGUGCAGAGCUAG